AUGACGGAGUGGACACUCCUCAAACGUCUCCUGGACGCCGUCCACCAGCACUCCACCAUGAUUGGACGCCUCUGGCUCACCGUCAUGGUGAUCUUUCGCCUCCUCAUCAUUGCCGUGGCGACUGAGGACGUGUACGCCGAUGAGCAGGAGAUGUUUGUGUGCAACACCCUGCAGCCGGGCUGCGCCACAGUCUGCUAUGAUGCCUUCGCGCCCAUCUCACAGCCGCGCUUCUGGGUCUUCCACAUCAUCAGCGUCUCGACUCCGUCUCUCUGUUUUAUCAUAUAUACGUGGCAUAAUCUGUCGAAGCUGCCGCAGGGACACAGCGGGCAGGGCCAGGAGGUUAACCCAAGGGACUUGUCUCGAGACGGGGGGAAGGAUGGAGGUCGAGAGGCAUUCAACCGGAGCUGUGACUCGGAUAGCUGCUCCAUCCGUUCACACCGGCACUUGGGUCACAGCUUGGCCAAUGUCUUGGAGGGAAUCACUGCCCAGAGUCAGAGCCUCCUAAAGGGAGCUGCCACCACUACAGCCACCACCGCCACGUCUCUAACCAAGGCCAGGGCUCGCGUCUACAGAAAUAGCCACUACGAUGCACCGGGGGGUCCUGGAGGUGGAGGAGGAACCGGAGGCGUCCUCUCCAAGUACUACGUGUUCCAUGUGUGUUUCCGGGCGCUGCUGGAGGUGGGCUUUGUCAUGGCUCAGUGGUUCCUCUUCGGCUUCCGAGUGCCCGUCCACUUUUUGUGCAAGGCCCCACCCUGCACGCAGCCCGUGGACUGCUACGUGUCACGGCCCACAGAGAAAACCAUCUUCCUCCUCUUCAUGUUCUGCGUGGGGCUCUUCUGCAUCCUCCUCAACCUUCUGGAGCUUCAUCAUCUGGGAUGGAAGAAGAUCAGACACUCAGUGAGGCUCAGGGAGGGAGGAUCAUGGGGGAAUUAUGGGGUAGAGAAAGGGGGGCAGGAAACCUUUGAGACUUUCUCUCCUGACAGCCCCUCGCUGAUGUCGUCUCUGGGCCUUAGGGGUGUCACCAGUACGACGUUGCUACCGAACUUGGAUCUGGUAGUCGACCACCGGCCUGACUGGACCUGUGCUGGGAACUGUUCCCCAUUUAAUAAGGAGCCUGAAGCUGGUAUAGAGACAGAGCUGCAGCUUCCCAACAACCAGGAUCUCCAGAGAGGAGAGACACAGCUUCUGAAGAGCAAAGGGAAGGGCUGGAAAUCCAAGCUGCGCAGUACGGAGGUCUGGAUAUGA